AUGAACGUGUGGCGGUGCACACCCUUAUGGAAGACGUUCGCACGAGGAAUUGCUUCUAGGGAAGAACAUUUCGCGUUUCGUGCUGGCCUUCACAGAGAUCCUAGAAAGAUUUUAUUUGUUCAUGACAAUCAACUCAUCUCUUAUGGUGAUUUUCUCCAAUGGACAGGAAGAUAUGCUAGUCUUUUGAACGGCAAGUACAAAAUCAGUAAGGGUGAUAGAGUUCUAUGCAGAACAAGCAAGACUUUGGAUUCUGUAGCAUUGUAUAUGGCAUGCCUUCAAUUAGGAGCUAUCUAUAUUCCAGUAAAUCCGUCAUAUACGCGUUCAGAAACAGAACACUACGUCAAAGAUUCAACUCCAAAGCUAAUGGUUACUUGUGAUGAGGAAAAAGACAAAGUGUUCCAAGAUCGUAUUGAUAAUGUUCAACAUGAGCUUAAACUUUCCAAGCAGUCGCAAACUGCUGAGGUUGUUCUGGAUGUUGAGAAUGUAGAGAGCAAUGAUGUGGCGUGUGUCUGUUAUACGUCUGGCACUACCGGUCUUCCAAAAGGUGCAAUGCUUACCCAUGGGUCACUAUCAUCCAACGCUGAAGCCCUUAUCUACUCCUGGAGAUUUACAGAAAAUGAUAAGUUACUUCACAUGCUACCAUUCUAUCACGUGCACGGGAUGUUUAUAUCGCUUAGUUGCUCCUUAUUUUCUCAUUCUACAGUGUUGUGGAGAGAACGUUUCUCGGUUGAUGACUGUCUCUACUGGCUACCGUCAACGACAGUGAUGAUGGGCGUGCCUACGUAUUACAGCCGUCUGCUAUCGACACCAAGAUUUACUCGAGAUUGUCUCCCAAAUGUACGCCUUUUCGUUAGUGGUAGUGCUCCAUUAUCAAAUCCAGUGUGGGAAGAGUUCAAAUCCAGGACUGGACAUGCUAUUUUGGAACGCUAUGGCAUGACAGAAGCUCAAGUCAUUUGUUCGAAUCCAUACGAUGAUCGACGACCGGGUUCCGUGGGGAAGCCGAUUGGUGACACGAAGCUACGGAUAAAUAAAGAAGGAGGAAUUGAGAUCCAGUCUUCUUCAUUAUUUGCGGGUUACUGGAAGAAUCCUACCAAGACUGCACAAGAAUUCACAUCCGAUAAGUAUUUUGUCACGGGAGACGUUGGAGCUCUUGAUAAGGAUGGUUUUUUGCGGAUUCAUGGCCGAGCAAAAGAUCUGAUCAUCACUGGAGGGUUCAACGUGUAUCCUAAAGAAAUUGAGGAUUGCAUUGAUAGACUACCAGAUGUCAGCGAAUCGGCGAUAAUAGGUGUUCCUCAUGAAGAUCUCGGUGAAGUUCCUGUAGCUGUUGUUUGUAUGAAUGCUGACAAGUCGUUUGACGAAAAAGAUGUGGAGCAAAAAAUUAUAACUGCACUGAAGGAAGUCGUUGCUAAAUAUAAGGUACCAAAACGUGUUGUUUUCUUGCCAAAUCUACCAAGAAACUCAAUGGCAAAAAUCCAGAAGAAUAUCCUUCGUGACCAGUACAAGCACCUUUGUGAUAAAAAAUGA